GUCUGCCCGCAGCCAGCGGGGGAGGGGAGGCGACAGGGCUGUGGUGACAGCGCUGUGGGACCGGGAAGCUCCGGGUCCCGGUGCUUCUGCCUCUUCCUGCUCUGGGUUGUUUCGUGCCGGAGACCACCCAUCAGUGUGGCGGGUGACGGGUGAGGGAGGUGACAUGACGCGGCGUCUGCUCCUGUCAUGAAGCCUGUACCAGGAGAGACCUUGUGCGAGGAGAGACCCUGUGCGAGGAGAGACCCCGGGUGAGGAGGGACCCCGGGUGAGGACAGAACCGGGAAAUUAAGGCUUGCUGUGGCGUUGCUUUGACAAGCACUUCCUGUUGUCUUCCCUGUUCUCAGUGAAGAAGAGUCUCAAAGGAACAUUUGUCUCCCUAUACCUUUGUUAAUGGCCAUUAGCAGCUAGCAAAUGCUUUUAAUGACCAGGAAAACAUCCACCACCCUUGUGCUUGGUCUGCUCCAGCAGUCGAAUGAAGGUUUCUUCCAGUUGUUUCCAGAACUCUAUUGCUGAAGCCCCUCUCUCUUGGCUGAAUGUUCAUGAAGCCCUUUCCUGAGCCAGCUUAGGAGGCCUAGGCCUCUUGGAGCCUGUGACAUGGAAGCUUUGGAAGUGGAUGAUAUCAGCCCGGCUUUGGAAGUUACUGAAGAUUUCUUUAGUACUUUCGAUAAUAAGUUAGAAAAGGUUGUGCAGCAAGCUGAGGUUUAUGGAAUUCAGGAAGUCCCUGAACUGGUGGGGCAAGAGGUCUUCAGCAAUGUAGCAGACAAUGGUGCUAUCAGAAAUGUUGCCUCCCUGGGCAAGGGGGGCAUGAUUUGGGACUCCUGUAAGAGCAGGCUGUUAGAAACCAAAGUUCAAAAUGUCUUUCCUGCCAAAGAACAGUUUAUGGUCCAGAAAGGGACAACCCCAGAUAACCUAUCCUGGGUGGAACAAAAGGAAGCGUCAACCUUUAAUUUUUUCAACAUCUGUCAGCGCCGGAGGGACAGACCUCGUUCUGUGAAUGACUUAUUGGAUGAGACCUCUACCUUCAAGCCAGGGCAUGCUCGAUCAAGGUCAGAUAUUACCCAGGUGGACUGGAGGGUAGUCCUUAAAAGCACACCUUUGCAGCAGCAGCGGCAGCAGCCAUCGCUUCAGGGCCCUUACUUCACCAGGCCGUCGUGUCUGUCACCCUCACCAAAUAAGGUAGAAGAUGCUCAAGGAAAUACUGAACACAAGCAAGCAUUCCCAAACAUUCUGAAGAAGGGUUACCUGGAGAUUAGGAAGGACCAUGACAGUUACUGGCAAAGCUGUUACGCAGAACUCUCUCCCUACAGCUUAUGCUUCUACAACCUUGACAGCAGUGGGAAUCAAAACCUCCAUGACACCUACCAGCUUUCACACUUUCAGAGCAUAUCUGUUCUGGGCAACCUUGAGGCCAGGCUGGUGGAUACUGUUCUAUAUGACAACACUCAGCUACAGCUGAAGGCAGAGUCACCAUGGGAGGCUUUGGACUGGGGGCAGAAACUCUGGGAAGUCACGCAUGCUGCCGUGCCUGGUUAUGUGGGAAGGCAGGAUGAACUGGCAAACUCACCAGGGCUUGGUCCUCAUGUUGACUGUACACAGCGUCAUUAUUUACAGCAGAAAUCCAGUGAGCUGCUCUUGCUGUCCCCUGUCUUGGGUGGCCCCAGACAGCACCAAAACAUUCUCAAAUCAGGGACACUCUACAGGCUAACUAUCCAAAAUAACUGGAAGGCGUUUACAUUUGUGCUGAGCCAGGCCUGCCUUAUGGCUUUUCAGCCCGGCAAGCUAGACGAGGACCCCCUGUUAAGCUACAAUGUGGAUGUGUGUCUUGCUGUCCAGACAGACAACCUGGAUGACUGCGACUCUUGCUUUCAAGUCAUUUUCCCCCAGGAUGUCCUCCGCCUCCGUGCUGAGACCCGGCAGAGGGCUCAGGAGUGGAUGGAAGCUCUGAAGACAGCCGCCAAUGCAGCAAGGAGUUCAGAGCAGAACCUGCAAGUCACACUGAGGAGCAAACCCAUGGACCUGGUGGGUGGGCUCGGGCUCAGGAAGAGCCAACGUCAGUCUGUGACCACCAGCUUCCUCAGCAUUCUGACGACGCUGUCUCUGGAACGAGGACUCACGGCUCAGAGUUUCAAAUGUGCAGGCUGCCAGCGGCCCAUAGGCCUCUCCAAUGGGAAAGCCAAGGUGUGCAGUUACAGCGGGUGGUACUACUGCAGCAGCUGCCACGUGGACGACAGCUUCCUCAUUCCUGCACGCAUAGUCCACAACUGGGACACGUCGAAAUACAAGGUGUCUAAGCAGGCCAAAGAGUUUCUGGAGUAUGUGUAUGAAGAGCCCCUGAUCGACAUCCAGCAGGAGAAUCCCCUGCUGUACCAACACGCUGAGCCACUGGCCACCGUGGUGCGGCUGCGACAGCGGCUGACCUCACUUCGAGCCUAUUUGUUCAGCUGCCGGGCAGCGGUGGCCGAGGAUCUGCGCCGCAGAAUUUUUCCCAGAGAGUACCUCCUUCAGCAGAUCCACCUGUACUCCCUCUCCGACCUGCAGCAGGUGAUAGAGGGAAAGCUGGCUCCAUUCUUGGGCAAGGUCAUUAAAUUUGCCGCCUCCCACGUGUACAGCUGCAGUCUCUGUAGCCAGAAGGGGUUCAUCUGUGAGAUCUGUAACAACGGAGAGAUCCUCUACCCUUUUGAGGAUAUUUCAACAAGCAGGUGUGAAAGCUGUGGAGCCGUUUUCCAUUCUGAAUGCAAAGAAAAGUCUGUGCCCUGCCCAAGGUGUGUCCGCCGAGAGCUGCAGAAGAAGCAGAAGUCUUUCUGGCGGAGGCUGAACAUGGACGAGAGCCUGGAGGAGGCGUGCAACAUGUUUGAGCUGUCCUGCCAGAACACCUGACUAGGCAGGCACCAAGGCCAGGGCUUGCCCUGCAGUGACCCAUCCACCCCAGCAUCUCCCUACUAGCCAGUUAGACCCCUUUGGGAGAAGAGUCGUGUCUCACCUUCAGCUAGGUAUAGAUAUAUAUUUAUAUAUACACACACACUGUACGUCCUGUACAGGUAUUCUGUAGCAGUCCUCGUCUACAUGGUCCAUGGAGCUGCUGUAGCUCAAAAGUUACCAAUAGCUGAAUUAUACUUAGCCAUGAAUUUCAGCUGCUUACUCCCAAGCAAAAUGUGGUUUACAUACAAUGCUUUAUAGUUUAGACUUUUUUCAGUUUUUUUUUUUUUUUUUUUUUGGCUCUCGGGGCCAUUUUAUUAAACAGGACACAGGAGGAAACAUGUCCUACAGAACAGCAGCUCUUCAGGUUAUUUUUGUGUUAUUUAUUUUUAGCCUUCACAGAGGAUGACACCCAUCAUCAUCUGUUUUGUAAGAAAAUCUUCAAAACACAGGAAUGACUCCUGGAUCCUUCCCUGGCUCUCUCCCCUCGGUUUCUUCUGCAGAGGUGGGGAUCUGAGCCAAGUGGCUUAGGAACCAGCAGAGCGAGCACCCUCAGACAGGAAGCACACACCUUUACUUCCCAGGAGAACUGGGUCUGGUUUGCAAGUUCAUCUCAGAAGGCCUCUUCUUGAGAAAAGGAGACAACUCAGUGACCAGUAACUGCAUGUCAUCAGUCUGUUUGCUGGUACGAAUCCCAACGCCCAGCCAAGGGUGCGAUGCUGCACUGCAUCCACAGGCUGUGAACAUGGCUCUCGGAAGAGCCGAGUCCCAGCGGUUUCAUGGUGACAUUUGUGAUUGUUUAAUGAUCCUGGCCUGAGGAGGUUUCCCAGGAUAGCCAUUCAAUACAUGGGUUUGUAGACUGGUGGGCAGGGUAUGCAGUGCCUGCAUUCCAACAGGCAGUCUUCAAUUUCUUUUCACAGAAACCUGUGUAGGCAGUUCCUACCUAUUCAUUUUAAAUGCGUUAUUUCUCAUUGUUCUUCACUGCCCUUUCAUUUUGACCUUUAAUUUGUCAUUUUAGCCACUUCUACUUUCCUGUUUUUUUGUUUAAAAAGUCAGAGUAACAUGGAACUUCAAAAUACCAACUUUAGACUAUUAAGAAAAUACCAAACUUACAAAUAUAAUUAAUUAAACCUAAUAUUGUUUAAAUACAUAUACACAUGUAAUUUCCAUGUUAAGGUAAAACAAAAAGUGCUAAAAUAAUAGGAUGGGGAUAAGAAAUAGAAUGAAUGGCCUCGCCCUCAGCAGGCAAUGUUGUCCCGUGCAGCACCCUUUUAAGAGCCAGCUAGUAGCCGCUGUGGCAGAAAGAGCAGGUGAGGUGGGGCCCGGAUCAUAGCUCGCAGUCCCUCCACCUUAUCCCUUCCGAGAACAAAUGAGCUAUGCUGCAGCAGUUCCCAGUGGACUGCAUGAGAAGACUUUGUGUCUCUGCUGCACAGACGCCCUCAACACCUUCCUGGUUUGGUAGUUUCACUGCUCCUAGGACCUGGGGAAUCAGGGGCUCCCGAAGGUCAUGGGGCAUUUAACCCACUGCUCCUGGCACCCCAUACCAUGCUCCCCAGAUCCCAACUCAUGUGACUUUAGAAUGACUUCUGUGCAGACAGUUAGGUGUAAGCAUUUCACCUGUCAACCCAUGCCGGUCCCUUUGGCCCAGACCACACAUUUCAACUGAAUAGCAUGGCACCACGGACUCAUUGAUUUUCUGAUUCGAUAGGAGCUGUAACCAAGGCUAGACAGGCCUAUUCAUGAGACGCCUUAUGGUGCCUUUACUCUUGGAAACACAGGCUGACCUUCCCCACUCUGGUCACAGAGAACGUCGCACACUAAAGCAAAGGGGCGUAGUCUCAAACAAGCCCUGGGCACACAGGCAACAGAUCUGGCCGUCUCCACGUCCCUCCUCCCCUUCAUCAGGUACGGUAUUUAUAUUUUCCAGCCUCGGAGAAGAGAGAACAGGAUCUUUCACAAGAGAAUUACAGACCUGCUUAUUAUAAAACAGAUGUGCUCUGAUGGCACAGUGCCUUUUCCCCGCCCCCAGUUCCCUGUCACCGCAGCUCGCUCUGCCUCCUGCAAUUAACGUGCCGUGAUUCCCCCGCCAGCCCCACCCCAGCACACCACGCUGGAGAUGACGCGCAGGGCCAUCUCCUCCCCUUCCACCGUGUUUCGUUUGUGUACAGAACCUCCUGCCCCACUCACAAUCACCCAGGGUCAGACCUGCCGAGAGUCAGGAUGAAAUUCCGGACCCUGUUCCAAAGGACCUUGUUUCCACCAGGGCCCAGGUGGAGGCUCUGCCACAUAUGAGCAGUCCUUUCUGCCCAGAACCAGUCCCAGCUGCUCUGUGUUCUCUCCUCUUGUCCAUCCCUGACGGCCUGGCCAGUGCUGGCCACAGGCCUGCACAACACUCACCACCACCACCAAAAGCUGAUAGAACAGAGCGAAGCCGGCAUAGGAGGUGGGUCUGCCAUGAAAAUUCAAAAUUGCUAUUUUCAGCCCAGAACGCCUUAGAGCACCUGAACGCUAUUACUGUUUUCAACUCUAACAAACUAUGGGUGCACUGUUAGGUCAUUGUUCCACUGCUUAGAAACUGGAAACAAAAGCAAAUCUGUAGAUUACCACCUCCUUAAGACCAGGCUAAUACCUGCUUUCCCUCAUGUUCCGUUUUUCAUCCCAUGUUAAAUAUCUUGCACAUAAAGCACAUGAGAAAAUGGUCAAUUAAUCUCCUGGAGCUGGCAGCCGACUCUGAGGAACCUCUUUUCACUUGAAAGGCCCAUUCCCUGGUGUAUCACUUGAGGAAGUCCCUCCUAACAGUGCCAGAAACUCGUGUAUGAGACAGUCCCACCCUCGGUGAGGAAGCCAGCUCCUAAAAUAGACCCAGUCUGCACCGCGGCAGGAAGGCCACAGGCGCUGAGAAAGCAGUCGACUGGAGUGGCAGCCGCGUUCUUCCCAGGCCUGCUUUUUCCCAAAGUUGAAAGCCUCUUUCUGUGAAAACAGUGUAAAAAUCUCGUCUCUCCUGGCCUCCCUGCAUUCCCAGGGGCUGUAGCAGAGUCGUUUUCACGUCGGCAAGCUAAAGGCCAAUCUCUCCAGCAGCUUUAAUAUUUGAUUAGCUGAGAGGGUAAUUGCUUUUUCACUCUCCUAGACGAGGCCUCCAACAGAAAGGGAAUGUCGCUAGUGCUUGGCACUUGUGGUUUCCAGCCCGCUCAGUGGCAUCCUUCAGACUGCAGCAGAGGGCCUGAGCCGGGCAUCCUUCCUGCCACAGUGAGAGCUGAGCUGCCCUAAGGCACUAGCUGCCCAGGCAGCCUUUGUGAAGCAAAGCUGGAGUGAGUCCCCCUGGGUGGGGUCUGGCCUAUUUUUGUGUUUGCAUAUGGACACACUGGACAGUACACUGGAUAGUUUCUUCCAUGCCUCCUCAAAAAGGCUUGGCUUCCAAACCUGUGGGCUUGUUUUCUACCCACCGGCCUGAAGAGGCCAUGUGUAAAUUACUGAUCAGGGUGCCACAUCUUCAAAGAGAGGCAUUAUCUGAGCAGCAGAGAUGUGUUCUGCUCCUGGUUCAGGGCAAAGCCAUGCUGCUGUUUGUGUGUUUGGGCAGAAUUAUUCAUUGGCACUGAUCUGCCGCGCUUUGUUGAAAUAACUGGAUUCUGAAAUAAGUCUUCAGCUCCUGACUCGAAUGCUGCCUGGAGCAACACAAAGCUUAUUUUAUUUUAUUUUUUACUUCUCCCAGUAAAGAGAGGUGCAUGCAGUUUCCCCUUAUUUCUUGAGUUUUCUGUCUCACUUCUUUUCUUACUCCAAGAUAACAUGAAAAAGUACAGAAUUUGGGGCAAGACUGAAGGAAACGAGCACCUCACUCCUUGGCAGGCAAGGAGUCAGUGGGAACUCUGUCUGUUCUCCUCUCCUUGGCCCUUGUUAACCACCCUGAGUCCAGGAGAACUGGCUACUUGAGGCUGAGCACAGUGCCGGCUGAGGACCCUGCUGCAUGGAUCUGAAGACAGUGUUGCUUCCCAGCACAUGGGACACAUGUCGAUGGUCAAGUCCAAACACCCUAGUCCUUGUUAAACUCCAGGUAAAAGUCCCAGGAACCUAAGCAUAGCCAUCUCUGUCAGGAGGCUCCUUCAAGAUGAGUUCCAAGUGAUCCUGCUAUAUGGCACUUUCCUCGUAGAGGGGCCUCUGAUGUGGCAGAGGGCUCUGGCAAACUCUGUUGAGGAGACACCUGCUGUCUUGCUUUGGUUCCUUCCUGUGGAAAGAAGUCUUGUUAGAAAGGUCUGGAGUGAAGCCAGUUGUUACCCAGGUAGAAGAUUCAGGCACCCACAGUGACCCAGCACAGUGAAGAUCCCCUCCUACUGGCCGUAGAGCUGCAGACCAGCCUCUGUCCCUUCCCCUUGACCUUCCUUGCCCUAGUCCUGAGCCCUGGCCCAGAUUCAGGCCUCGUGGAUGGUUAACCGGCUAGUGGACAACUGAGCCUGAGGCUUCUUUGUGUUGGCACCCCAUUUGUUAUUUCCCCGUAGGAGUGCCUUACAGUGCUGCCUAGCGCUUCUCGUCCAGUCUGCUGACCCACUUGGAGCCUGCAGGGCCCUUCACCUAAAUGCGGGUCACUUUGCUUCUUCCCUGCUGGCUGCUCCUGAUACAGAUGUACUGGAGCCUGCACGCUCCAUGUGCAUGUCAGACCUUCACCUUUGCUUAACCUGGUGCCUUAACCUCAGUAGUCAGAGAGUCCCUGUGGAGACACUCAUUCAGGUAGAAACAUUGGCUUCUCAGCUCCAGUACACUUUUACCAGGAAAUACAAAAGAUGGAAUGUUUUAGCUUUGGUUAUGCUGUUUUUCAAUCACUCUUUUCGUUGUUUGCAUGUUUGCUUUCAUUAACCAAACUCAGGAAUGUCAUUAUGUCACCAAGGCCAAUGGGUAGAGAAACUACACCAGUUAACCAGAUCUGAAUCCGUAAAGUCAGUGGACUUAGCCUUUCUCAGGUUAAAAAAUUACACAAACACAAGGAUCUUCUUUUCUUUUGCUGUAUAAAUGUUUUCUGUUUAUUUUUACACCUGUUUUCCAAGUGGGAAAUGGGAAGCCUCUUCGAUAAAUUGUGAUAAAAAUGUUUCUGUGUGGUAUGGGCAGUCCACUGAGCUUCCACUGCUGGAGGCCUAGGCUUGAGUGUGUUCAGCUGUGUUCAGCUGUCAGAAUCUUGUCAUAAAUAGCCAGUAGCCUACCAUAGAAGAUUUAAGAAAAAACACCUGUCUUUAAGGAAUAGCAAAAGAAGGGAAAUGCUUAGGUUGCAAAUGAAAGUGUUGAACAUGGCGAUGCGGAAGACUGCUUGUUCUUGUUCUUUUGCUCCUGCAUCAGAUCAGUGUCAUUUUCCCUUAUUUCUGCUCAUGCAGUACAGAAUUGACUAAAAUUUGGGGUUUGGGCUAUUAUACCACUCUGUGUUGAGCUAUUUGUAAUAGCUAAUGUGCUAACUUAUAUUGUGUUGUUUCUGUUUUCUAGAUUUUAUUGCCUUUUGGUUUGGCAUAACUUAUCCAUAUUUUUGUUUACAUCAUUUUUUAAAUAUCAAUAACAGUAAUAAUAUAAAAUGAAGUUGUAUUGUUGACAAGACCCCAAGUUUUUAUGGUCAUCUGUCAUGUAAUUUAAGAGCACCAGUUCCUAAUGUAUAAAGUUCUCUCUCCUUCAAUAAACAA